GGAGCUCUUAAUGCUCUCUUCCAACACACACACCUCCCUCUUUCUCUCCCUCUCUCUCUCUCUUUCUGCCACGCUCCCACGGUUGGGGGAACAAGGCUCAACCGGUGGUGGUGGGAGAAGCGGGACUGGAGUGUUUAGUGCUGUCGUCACUGCUCUUGAUUGUUUGACCCUGGGAGAAAGUUCUGCCACAGGGGGAAAUAUGUGUCUGAAACCGAGGGGCUGGAACAGACAGAAUAGGAGAGGGAUACCACGAGCGUGAGAGCCUCGGCUCAGGCUUUGACCAUUCAGCUACCGGACGCCAGUGUGGCUGAGAGACUGGAGGCUCAGGAGGCUCGAGGAAGAUGUUGACCCCAUGGGGGCUGUUCCUCUGCCAGCUGGUAAUAAACACGUCCUACCAUGUCAUCAAAGCCAGCCUCUGCCUGGGUGGGUCGGACAUCUUUGCAACGGUGAGCGAGAACAGCCCCGUAGGAGAGUUCAUAGCGAACCUCAGCAUCAUCGGGGACCCUACAGGAGUCAAUAGCAUCCGCUUGUGCCUCACUGGAGAGAACGCCAAUUGGUUCUACCUUGAAGGGAAAACCAUCAGGCUAAACUCAUCCGUUUUAAGAGUCCUGGAUCGAGAGCGCCAGGGAUCUGUAUUGAUGGCAGCAUUAACAUGUUAUGAAGAUGACAUAAUACAGAGUGAAUACAGGGUCAUAGUUGAGAUCCUGAAUGAAAACGACAACAAACCAAAGUUCUUUGAGAAGACUAUACAACCACGUUACAUAAGUGAGCUCACUGCAGUCAACUCUGUAGUCUUCACCGUCAAGGCCAUCGAUGCUGAUGGAGACACAAUCACCUACAUCAUCGACAGAGCCUUGCCUGAUGCCAGCUAUUUCAGGAUAGACCUACCCAACAGUGGUAAAGUGAUCCUGGACAAGCCAUUGGACUAUGAGACCAAAACCCAGCUGCAGCUAGUCAUCUACGCUGUGGAAACCAACACCAAGGAGUGGUACAACACUUCCGCCUCUCUGACUGUGCACGUGAAGGACGGGGACGACCAGUACCCUCAGUUCCUACCGUGCACACCCAUCUCCCAGGACAACAAACACACGGUUGUCUGCACCAAUCCCGUCUACACAGUCAACAUCACAGAAAAGGACCAGGACAUGUUACUGAAUUUCUCUCCUGGUCCAAUUCAUGCCGAAGAUGGAGACAGAAGCCUUGAUACGCCUUUGCUCUACUCCAUUCUCUCAGGUGCUGACAAAAACAGGUUUCGGAUUGACAACCGAACAGCAGAGAUCACAUUGACUAGACGGGUGGAAAACAGACACCUGACACCUACAUUCCGACUACGCAUCAUGGCAUCUCAGCUGAAUGACCCAAAGAAGUACAGUGUGGCGACAGCGCUGGUCCGGGUGCUAGCAGAGAACCGGUUCCCUCCCCUCUUCAACAGAACCACGUACAAGGGCUUCAUCGUCGAGAACUCCAGUCCUGCCACGCUAGUCUCCACCUAUGGGAACGAGGUGCUUCUCAUCCUAGCCAUAGACCAGGACUUUGUAGAUGGGGUGAAUCCAAAAAUGCAUUACUCUCUCCCGCCCACAUCAGCCACAACUGCACUGUACCACAUCACCCAGGAAGGGGUCAUCAUCGCUAAGACCGACCGCCUACGACCCUUCGAGAGGCACUUCCUAGAGGUGGUCGCUAUGGAUGAGGAAUCAGGUGAGGUUGCUAAAGCCUCAGUCGACAUAGAGCUGCUACAAAGAGGCCAGCCAGUUCCACGGACACCCUUCGGAGAAGAGCGGUUGUUCAGAGACAUGGAUGUGAGGAUGGCUGGCGGUAUCAUGGGUGGGAUGCUGCUGCUGUUAGUGGUCAUCCUGUUCCUGAUGAUCCGAUGGGCCAAGAGGAGACGGAGACGGGACCCGGCCAGACGAGGGGCUGUCAUCCUGGGGAAGCACCCCAAUGUGAGCUUAAGGGGGUUCCAGAUGGUGAACUCGGGACGGCCCAUGAUCCCCCUGAUUGAGGAGGUCUGCUACCAGAACAAAGGGUUCAGCAUAGACUACGAUGCCUCGGGAGGUUCCGGAAGCCUCUAUGGGAGACAUGGGGUCUACACCAGGAAACAGUCACUGAUCCCACCACAACCACGCUCCCACAGCAGCCAUCCAGACUGCGGCUCCAGGACCGUAACAGGCGACAUGCUGCCUAUACUGGUGAUGCCAGAGCCCUUGGUUAAAGACCUCACUCCCACCCUCAUCUCCAAUGGCAGGAAAGCUGAGAGCACCAUCAGCAUGGGGGCUGCGACAAAAGACAAGAAGGAGAAGGAGAAGAAUAAGCAGAGGGAUAUGGAGAAGGAGGAGGAGGGGGAAUGGGAGAAGGAGUGGGAACGCGCCGUUGACACAAAAGAGAAGAGAUAUUCCGAGGGGGAAAGGACGGAUAAGUCAAGAGAUGUUGUGGGUGCUUCUAGGGGUGCUUCUAGUGAGACCGCAGAUGUAAGCGAGGCCUCUGAGGACCAAACAAACACAGAAAAGCCUCAGAGUCACAGGAUGAAAACACACAAAAUCAAAGAUCCCAAAGACGGACACAAAAGCACUUCUGAAGAGGAGUCUGAGACAGAAAACCAAUAUAAGAAUAUGCACUCGGUGAUCUGUCUUUCAGACGAUUAUGACAGAGCCAUGGAGGAUGAAGCUGGAGCCAGGUCCCGUUGCUCCAGCAUCAGGACGUCGACGGGGGAAUCGCAGCGCAAGGGCUCAACGAAACAAACCGGCGACCAAGCAAACAGACGACCAAGUAACCCACAGAUGCACCAUUCAGACUCACACUCUGGGCUUCAGACUCACAUUGAGGAAGUUACAAAAGAUGCAUUUAUUCAAAAAUAAAACUGACAUUAUGGAGCCAAACGAACACUGUACACAGACAAAAAUGUUUAUAAAUUGUUUUGUUUUCUCAGUGUUUUUUCUCUCUCCAAUUCCAAAUGAUUAUUUUGGGCCUAAAAAAGCUCAACCACUUUUCAGGUCUUGACUGAGUAAAUGGACGAAUGUAAAUCUGAAAACAGAAACGUGUGUUUUCUGUAAAACAGUGUGGGACCAGACUUUCUGUAUUACCUUCAUUUGCAGUGUUGAAGAACUAGUAUUUCAGGAAUUAAAGUCAUAAUGUAAGUGCAUGCAAUGUAACUACAGUGUUGGGGAAGCUACUCUGAAAAUAUAGUUUACCAAGCUACCAAUUACUUCACACUGGAAGAAAUUAAGCGACACUAAAGCUACCCUUAAGAAGAAUAUAGUGAACUAACAAACUACUAUACUUAGUUAACAAUUAUCAUAUCUAAAUCUGAAAGGCCAUAGACUACAUAUUGCAAGAACAAAUCACUCCGGAAUUAGACGUUAACAGAAUGUGUAGUGAGAAUUAGGCAGGUCUGAUGCCAAAAAAGAAAGAAAAUUAUCGCCUACUUCACCUAUAUUUUCUUUUCUUGUUAGCAACAAAGUAGUGUGUAGUUCCAGUAGUUAGCUACACUGCUACAUGGCAAAACACAACCAAGAUUAGAAUUUUGCUACUGAAAAAUGUAAUUAAAUUACUUGUUGAACUACACGUAGUUCACUACUCCAGGAACACUGUGUAACUAUAGUGUACAGUGAUUAUGUGGUGUCACUAGUGUUUGCUAUAGAUUAAACCGAAGUUUCAUACUGUAGAUGUCCACACACGAAGACAUGAGUGUUGUUUCAAAAACAAUGGUUCAACCCCACUCGAAAGAUGUGCUCAGCACAUUGCAAAUAAACACAUUUUGUGA